AUGAAGACUAACUCAGAAAAUCGACUUCGUGAAGGCAAAAUUGGCGAAAGCGUUAAAAUUAGAAUACCUGAUGUUGAUAAAGCACGGAGUGAUCUGCGAUCCAUUUUAGGAGUCAUUAUGUCUGUAAAAAACAAUAAUUAUGAAAUUGGUACCACUGAAGGUAAACUUCAACAACUUUAUGCUAGAAAUCAAUUUGAAAUAUGCAAAGAGUAA